UUGGUUGUUUCUACUCGCCUUAAAAAAUACUUUACUAAUGAAAAAUCAUGGGAAGUUUUAAGACUUCUUGAAUGCUUUCAAACUAAAUACUUAAAAUUUGAUAACAGUAAUAGAAGCAUAGACUUUGGAAUGUGUUUGAUAGAACAAUAA